AUAUCGUCACUAAACACCACCAAUCUUGCGUUGUGUUGCUGGACAAAUACAGCACCAGUCAGUGCUGUUGGUAAUAUACAAUUCGUAAUUUGUCGCUUUUUACAAUGAUAUCCGUCGCAAGGCCUUCAGUGCUGCGCGCUGCGCGCUCACAGCCUCAUCUAUCACGACCAAUUUUUGACGUCCGGUUAUCAGCGCUCACACGACUAUUAUCCACACUAGCAGUUCUUGAGCAAAGAGAUGGAAAGCUCUCAUCAGCAUCACUAUCUGCCAUUGCUGCGGCACAAAAAUUGGGAGGCUCGGUUACUGGGUUUGUUGCAGGAGACGGUGUCAAGUCAUCAGCGGCUGUCGAAGCCGCGAAGAUAAAGGGACUUGAAAAGGUUGUCGCAGUCGAGAAUGCUGCCUAUGAGAAGGGCUUGCCCGAAAACUACGCUCCCUUACUCGUGGAUAACAUCAAAAGCGGCGGAUACACACAUGUGAUUGCGGGACAUUCAGCAUUUGGAAAGGGUCUUCUACCACGUGUAGCGGCUCUACUCGACGUACAACAAAUCUCCGAUAUUACUGCGAUUGAGAAUGAAGAUACUUUCGUCCGGCCCAUUUAUGCCGGCAACGCCAUCCUUACAGUCCAAUCCGAAGAUCCUAUCAAAGUUAUCACCGUCCGAGGCACCGCUUUCCAAGGCGUUGAGACAGAGGGAGGAUCCGCAGAAAUUGUCGAUGGCGUAGACCCCAAGGCUGAGAGCAUAACGGAAUGGGUCUCAGAAGACCUGGCCAAGUCUGACCGCCCCGAUUUGGCUACUGCGUCUCGUGUCGUUUCCGGUGGUCGUGGCUUGAAGUCCAAGGAGGAAUUCGAUCGUGUGAUGAUACCCUUGGCUGAUGCUCUCGGCGCUGCAAUUGGUGCUUCUCGUGCCGCUGUUGACAGCGGAUAUGCCGAUAACAGUCUCCAAGUUGGUCAAACCGGAAAGAACGUCGCCCCUCAAUUAUAUCUUGCAGCUGGUAUUUCGGGCGCCAUUCAGCAUUUGGCCGGUAUGAAGGAUAGCAAGGUUAUUGCCGCUAUCAACAAGGAUCCCGAGGCCCCCAUCUUCCAAGUGGCCGAUGUUGGAUUAGUGGGAGAUUUGUUUGAGAAAGUGCCGGAGUUGACGGAAAAACUCAAGAAAUAGAUUAUAGGUGUUUAUAAUGAAUGUAUGUUAUUGUUGUAUCAACUAACCAUGGAUCAAUUGUGGCUUACAGUAUGGUCCUGGAGAAAAGUAUAAUUUGGCGGUUUUGUCU